UAUAAAGGCAAAAUCCACAUAAUUCUAUGUAAUCAUUUUCUUAAGAAGUUAACACCGAUAUGUCCUUAGUUAUUCUCUGAAACUAGUCGAAAUUUGUAAGGAAGAGGUUGUUAGAAAUAGGAUAACGACAAUGGUUUAUAGGUGUUGGGUAUUUAUUUUAUUAUUAGGCUUGAUAAAACGGUACUCGGCUACCGAAUUAACUUUCGAACUACCCGACAGUGCCAAAGAAUGUUUCUAUGAGGAAGUUAAGAAAAACACGAGCUGUACCUUAGAAUUUCAAGUGGUGACGGGUGGCCAGUACGAUGUAGACAUAUCCUUAGAAGAUCCCAAGGGCCAGGUGUUAUAUAAACAAGUCAAAAUGCAGUUCGACUCGCACACCUUCGUUGCCCAAACGACGGGUAUAUAUAAGGUUUGCUUUAGUAACCAAUUCUCUACAUUCUCGCACAAACUUGUCUAUAUGGAUUUCCAAGUUGGGGAUGAGAUGCCACUGCCUGGAAUGGGAGAACACGCAACCGUAAUGACACAGUUGGAGGCAUCAGCGCAGGAUAUUCACAAAUCACUCAACACAAUCCUAGACUACCAGACGCAUCACCGUCUUAGGGAAGCGCAAGGAAGGAAGCGUGCCGAGGACCUUAACGAAAGAGUGUUGUGGUGGUCGAUAAUGGAGACUUUAGCAGUUAUAAUGAUCGGCAUCGGCCAAGUGUUUGUCCUCAAGAACUUUUUUACUGAGAAAAAACCGUUCGGUUACACACAAAUGAAAUAAGUCUGUACAUAUUUAAUUUAAUUAUUUUUGUGACUCGUGGAACUUUUCAAAAUUUGUGACUGUAAGGGGUUUGUUUAAACGGGUGUCCUCAUUCCACUUAUUUGUUGUUUUUUUAGUUGUAAAUUUUUGAGUUUGUAUAAUUACAAUUAUUUGAUUGUUUUCAUAUAAGUGGGCAAUUGUAGUUUAGUACAAUUGUGAUGUAAAAGAACGUCUGGAUUAAAAUAUUUUUUAAUGGAAAACUGCA